AUGGCUGAUAAAGAACUCACUAUCUUCGUGGUGGAUUUGGCAUCACCAAAGAAUGUUUGCAAUUAUGUACUCAAUGCAAUUGCAGGAAAACUUCUCAAAGGUUUGAAAACAGAUCUAGUGUCUGUCGUUCUCUUCCAUAGUCAAACUACCUCCCAUUCUUCUGCUUCCUCUGGAAAGUUCAAAGGAAUCAAUGUUUUGCUAGAUUUUGAACAGCCUUCAUAUAUCCAAUUGCAGAGGUUGUAUCGGAUACUCACGCUGGAUAGUGAGGUCUGCGAAGUUACGCCAGAAACGAGUGAUCUCGUGCAAAGUGUUCUCUUUUCGAGUACUCUACUAGCCCCCACCAAGGGCAAAGUGUUUACCCGUAACAUCGUGCUUGCUACCGAUGUGGCAAGCGUAAUUAAUACUGGAUCUGUUGAAAAAAUCGAGUCUGUGCCGAAGUUUUUGCAGGGAUUGCCGGUCAACAUGUACGCUAUAGUGCAUGGCCUAAAAGACAAUAAUGCCACGGAAGUACGUCUCAUGGCGAGCCAUUUCAAGACUUCUCAAGUUAUGUCUGAUAUUGAAGCCGACGAAGUUGUCGCUCACCAUCCACCCGUUAAGAAAACUCGCCCCGUAUCGCUGUUUAGAGGUGACUUGAGAUUAGGCGCGAACUAUUCCAGAGUUCUUACCGAUCCAAGCUAUGACGCUGAUCGUGACAAUUCCUGUGUAUCUUUCAAAGUUGAUGUUUAUCCUGCUACCAAGUCAGAAGCCAACUCCUUGGGCAUCCAUGAAUACUUGGUCGAAAAUGGCUCUGUGGUAAAGCUAGAUCGAAGCACAAAGUAUUUUGUUUGGGAAAAAAAUUUCCAGGGUGAAAAAGUUGAGGACGAUGAAGCAGCUGAAGUCAAUGACAAACAAUACGACAAGAUUCCGAUUGAACAUUCCCACAUCACACAAGGGUUCAAGUUCUCUAAUUUUGAUCUCUUAGCCCUAGAUAGCGAUUUAAAACAGGCUGCUACCCUCAAAAUUCAGGCCGCUUUUGAUAUCAUGAGAUUUCUUGAUGUUGACUCAAUUCCAAUUGCAUACUUGACAAGUGAGGCUUUGUUGGUUGUUCCUGAAAAAGAUUCAUCAUUUCGCAACAUCACCAAUCACAAUGCUUUCUGUAUCUCAUUGAUCGAAGAGAGGAAAGCAAUUCUAGCACGGUUUGUGAAGAAGUCCGAGAAGGAGAUAGAGGUUGGAGUUCUAUACCCUGUACAGAUAAAAGAUCAGAAUCUAUACACACAUAGUCUUGUGUUUAUAAGAUUGCCUUUCAAAGAAGAUAUUAAGGUUGGAAGAUUCAUAAAACUCUCUGGCCAAAAUGCUCUAAAACAGAAAGAUAAGCCGAGUCCUGACCUCGCAUCAAUUAACAACAUGAUGGAAAACUUUAUCGAGGCGAGAACAAUAGCCGAGCCAGAAGCUAAGUUUGGCGCAAACCACAUCAUAAACAAUGGAAAAAUAUCAAUGAAGAGCCUGGAUUCCUCAAAACUACCUCUCAUACCGAAAGGCCUGUUAGCCACGGAAUUCUUUGCCUCAGAUCCUGGUGCAAACAAGUUCUCCUCUAAGUUGCGAAAAUUACUUUUAUCAAGUCUCAAUUUCGAUGAGAUGCAGAAUUUCUAUGAUGAUAUCAAACUGGAGACUCGUUCACUAGACUCAUCUGAAACCAAUCUUUUCAAUCUACACAAUGCGUUGGCUGUCAACUCACCACUCAAAGACCCUGAAGAACUACUCAAGCUUGCGGUGAAGGGAAUUGAUAUCAGUAAAAAGUUAGCAGAGGAAAUAGGGACAGCCUAUGUUCGUAAAGAGGAUGUUAAGAAAAGAAAAAUCACCAAAGACCAGCCCUUCCAGAGUAAGGGUAAUUACGGUUCCGAGGAGAAAGGGUACGACGAGGUUCCCGACUUUGGGUUUUAG